AUCCCUUUCGACUCGAGUAUUGCUACCGCGUCUGGUCUCUACGGCGUGCGCAUUGGUUCUCAAGGCCUGUCCCUUUCCCACUUCCGCCAUCUGUCGGACGACGAGAGGCUCAAGCGCAGUUCGAACAACACCAACUUCUCGCUGGACUUUAGUUCAGCAGCUCAACCGCCACAGCCCGCCGAGUGCACAACUUACGACGAUAUUCUACUUGCACUCAGCGGGCUCAGCUCCUUCGGUGCUACUCACUGGUACCCGCACAUGAAUCGGCUGCUGGAUCAACUCCGUCGAUUUGUCUUCGACAAUCAGAGGGCCGACCCGGCUAACACCUCGGAACGCGUGACACGCACGCUGCAGUAUGCGAACGUCUAUCUCGGUCGCGCUGUCGCUCACCUGUCGGAAGACUCGGAGGGAUUUCUGCGCCGACACCGAGGCAAUCGAGUACAGGUCGGUUGA